CACACACGACGACUGGCUCCUACUCCUCCUCCUCCUCCCCCUCUACACAUCCACAUCAACAGUCCCUCACCCGCGCAAGAUGUCUUCCUUCUUCGGACUACAAAAGACGCGCACCUUCAAACCCAAGCGCAACAUCCCAGAAGGCACCAAACAGUACCAGCUCAAACGCUAUGCCGAGGCUACUUUGGGCUCAGGCAAUCUCCGUGCAGCCGUCCUCCUCCCUCAGGGCGAAGACCUCAAUGAAUGGCUCGCAGUCAAUACCGUCGACUUCUUCAACCACCUAAACAUGCUGUACGGCACCAUCACCGAGUUCUGCACCCCUUCCGCCUGCCCGACAAUGUGCGCCGGCCCGCGAUAUGAGUACCAUUGGCAGGAUGCUGGCAAUCCGAUGUACAAGCGCCCUACGAAGCUCUGUGCGCCCGAAUACGUCGACUGCUUGAUGGCAUGGACACAGCAAUUGCUGGACGACGAUCAAGUCUUCCCUAGCAAGGUUGGCGUCCCGUUCACGGCCAACUUUGGCGCAACGGUCAAAUCGAUCCUGCGCAGGCUCUUCAGGGUCUAUGCGCACAUCUACAAUCAUCACUUCGCCCACGUCUGCGCAUUGGGGGUAGAAGCGCACCUCAACACGUCGUACAGGCAUUUCCUCCUGUUCAUCACUGAAUUUGACGUGGUAGAUCCCAAGGAGUUGGCGCCGCUCGUGGAACUGAACGAGGCCAUCUUGGAGGAGAGAAAGGGCGUAGCCUACGGCUUUGAUGUGGCGGCCACUUUCGUAUACCAGGUCGCAGGCUAG